AUGGCGUUACAACUAUCCAAAGCAAGAUAUUCCCUUCAAAGCCAAACUACUCGUAUCAUUAAAAUAUUCUCUGUAAUUGUCUUCUUCUACAUCUGCACGUAUUUCCUUCUACCACGAAUCCAAUCCACUCCUCUCACCAUCACCGAGGAAGAUAUAGCCUUCGAACAACGCACCGCUCACAUCUACAACAACUUCCUUCCCGCCUCCAGCUCCGACCAACUAUGCGCUUCUCACUCCCUUACAUCCUAUCCCGAUCGUUCACAAAAACGUAAGAUAUACGAUCUCUUCAUGGUCAAUUCCGAGCUGGAUUGGCUCGAAAUUCGUCUCAAUGAAAUGAACACCGAGGUAGAUUAUUUCGUCAUCCUCGAAGCGCCAACUACCUUUACCGGUCUCGCGAAAAACAUGACUUUUCAAGAACACCGAGCCAAAUUCUCUGCUUUCGAGGAUAAAAUUAUCUAUCACGUUUUGACCGAUGCUCCUCCCCCAGUCUCCAACACCACGUUACCCGGCUCCAAAGAAUACGAAGCGAACGCAUGGAUUCAAGAGAAAUUCCAACGGGACGCUAUGUUUACCCAGGUAUUCCCCAAGCUGGUGGGCGAACAGAAACCCAACGAAGGAGAUGUAAUACUCGUCUCCGAUAUCGACGAGGUAAUUCGACCUGCUUCUCUUCAAGUCCUGCGCAACUGCGUUUUCCCCGUGAUUCUUACACUGCGCUCGCAAUUCUACUACUAUUCCUUUCAAUUUCGACACCGAGGAGAACAGUGGGCGCAUCCUCAAGCGACGUUCUAUCGGGGUCUGGAAAAUACUAUCAAACCGCAUAGUUUACGCAGUCGCCAUGGAGGACACGUCCAGGUAGAUGAAAGAGAUAGUAAAAGUAUCGGAAACUUGUGGAACGCGGCUUGGCAUUGUAGUAGUUGUUUUAGUACACUCAAGGAAAUGAGAAGGAAAAUGGAGAGCUUCAGUCACACAAAUUUGAACAAGCAGGAGUUCAGAAUGACGGAUCGGAUCGUGGAUAGAGUGGGAAGAGGGAAGGAUUUGUGGGAUAGAUUUGGUCAGUGGUACAAAAGAAUAGACAACAACAACGACAUCCCCAGCUAUAUCAAAGAUCACCGAUCCAAAUUUGGAUACAUGGUUGAUCGCGAUGGUGAAGGCGCCGGAUUUGUCGAUUACGACGAAGUUAUUGCGCAAGAAAAGAAGGAAAAGGAUUUAAUUUGA